AUGGCUUCCGCGUUAUCAUCCUGGAUCCCACCAGCCGAGGGUCUGCUACCCAAAUGGCUCCUCUUCGUAUCCCUCGUCUCGACGCUCAACUCAAUUCAAGCCUACAGCACCCUGACCUACACCUCGCGCGUCUACAACCCAACCUCGGUCGACCCGCCCGUCAAGCAGCCCGCGCACGUAACUUGGCUAUCGUCGCGCACGUUCGGAACAUGGACGUUCCUGACCUCUGUGAUUCGCUUCUACGCAGCAUACAAUAUCGAUAACCCAGCCUUCUACCAGCUCGCCAUCUGGACGUAUGUGGUUGCGUUUGCGCACUUUGGGAGCGAGUGGUUCAUCUUCAAGACGACGAGGUGGGGCAAGCCGCUUGCGGGGCCGGUGAUUGUGAGCACUGGAAGUUUGCUGUGGAUGUUUAGCCAGUGGGGGUAUUACGUGAAGGCGUAG